CCCCGCCGGGCACAUUUCCCGUCCCCACAAUCUGUCACUUUAAGGGCCAGCAGGGCGGGGCGGGGUCGGGCGGAGCGACUCGCGGCAGCGCCGCCGCACACCAUUGGCUGCCUGCGCCGCCCGGCCCCGCCUCCCUCCGCACACUGUUAUGUCUCUGUCUCGGUGUCAGGUCCGCCGGCGGUGCGCAUGCGCGGCGGGCGCUCGUCCAGCCGGCGGGGCCGGGCGGAGCGCGGAGGCCGGGGCUGCCGCGGGCUCGGUGUGGUGCGAGGGAGGGGAGAAGGCGGAGGCAGACAGCGGUAGCGGCGAGGCAGAGGAUGUCCGCUGCCCGCCCGCCGCUCCUCUGCGCGCCCGCCGUCGCGUCCACGUCUUCAUGAACUAGCGCUGCGGGGUGGGGGCGGGGGACAGGAGCGAGCGCCCCAGCGGAACCGGCGCCCCAGGCAUGGCCAGCUCGUGCGCCGUCCAGGUGAAGCUGGAGCUGGGGCACCGAGCCCAGGUCAGGAAGAAACCCACCGUGGAGGGCUUCACCCACGACUGGAUGGUGUUUGUCAGAGGGCCCGAGCACAGCAACAUUCAGCACUUUGUGGAGAAAGUCGUUUUUCACCUACACGAGAGCUUCCCCAGGCCGAAAAGAGGUGCAGCUCUGUAUUAACUCUCCCGUGAGAAGCAGAAAGUACCGUGACUGUCUACAAGCAUUGCCAUGGUUGUGAACUUGGUUCUCCUGUAACAUUCCAGUUUGUUGGGAAGAGAGAAGUUUCUGCAAAAUUUUAGAAAUUUGAAACUCUGAAGAGGAGGAGAUUAUAAAAGAUGACAAUUGAGAAGCUAGAAAGGAGAUUUCCUUGAUUGGAUCCAACUACUUGUAUACUUAAUCCAUACCUUUACCUGCUCUAAAAAAUACCUGAUUUAACAAUGAGAGAACCUGCUCCUAGGACUAAGGGGGGAAAACUAUUCCACAGUAAAAAUCAAGUGGUGCAAAUUCACUCUUCUUCACCAGUUUUGAGAUAAAUGUUACGAAGAAAUCCUCUUGCAGAAAAAUAUUUUGAAUAGGAUUUUGUUUGUCACUUUUUGUUGUAAUUCAGUCAGAUUCUUCUUUCACCUGCCUUUUUCUAUUGUAACUUCAGAUUUUCUUUUCAUGCUAAAAAAGCUUCAUAUUUGUGUGUGUGGUGUGUGUGUGUGUGUGUGUUUUGUUUUUUUUUUUUUAAAUCUGCUUUGGAAAAGAUCCGAACUGUUAGCGUCUCUGUGUGACGUGAAAACACUGUCUUGUCCAUAAAAUCAGCAAGCAAGUUAUUCAUGGUGUGUAUAUGACUAAUCCUGCUUUCUGAUACUUAAGCUUUUGUAAAAUGGGAGUCUGGGUUGCCUUUACUGAGGUUAUGAGUUCUUGUGGACAGCAGUUUGAGUUCAAUGAGAGUUGUACUUUAACACCUGGAUGUUAUUUUGAAAAAUUAGCAGCCUCCUCUUCCCCUCUGCCCCACUGCCCCUGCCCCCUCAGCAAUCCUACAAGCUCACUGUAUUAGCCUUUUAUUUUUUACUUGUUUUGAGAAAAUUGGCAAAAAUAUAUUAAUUUUUUGAAAGAUUAUUAGCUUAUCAAAAAUUUGUGUCUUUAUUCACAUAGUUCACUUCAAAACAUCAGGUUUCUUUUAACUUAACACCAACAAAAUCCUAACACCUUAGGUCCCAAAAUUACAAAUUCUUAAACAUAGCAGUAAAACCCUCCAAGGCACAUGCAUGAAGCCGCAUACUUGGUUAAGUGUUUGCAGGCCUAAAGCCUUUGUUUUAGAAGUUCUGUCAUUCUCUCUUUUCCCCUUGCCUUUUCUUAGAAAAGAGAUUCUACAACUUAACUUUCUUCUCACGAUACUCUAUUUGGAAAUAUACUGUAUUGUUUAAUUUCUGUAAAAUUUGUAACAUGGUGUUGAUUACUGUGAUUUAAAGCAGUUUGUUCUUAAUAUAAUACUUAGAAAUAGUUUAGCUUUCUUUCUUAGACCUUUUCCAUUACCAUAAAAAAUCCUUUUAACCUCUUUCUGAGAUCUGUUUUUUGGGGGGAUUAUUGUCUUUCUUUCCCUCCUCCUCCCUUAGUCUGAUGUUAACAGGAGAGAAGUUAUUUAUUAUUGAGAAAUUUUCAUAGAAACUCUGUCACAUUUCCUAUUGUAUUUAACAGGCAGCCUCAGGAAGUUGUUUUGGGAUGAUUAUGAUAUAAAUGUAUUUUUUUUUAUUACUGAAAUAUUUAGAGUUUACAUUGUUGAUUUAGUUUCUGCCACAGUUCAUUUGUUCAUGUUUUUUCCAAAACCAGACAUUUAAUUAUCAUGAAAUACUUAUAUUAUUGAUGGAGGCUUUGCCAUUAUCAUAUUGUAACACAAAGAAAAAAAUCCAUGUGCGCUAUGUCAUGGAUAUGUUUUUAUAAAUCUACCAAAUAACUGGACCUCAUGGGAGGUAACUGUGUGGAAAGUUGAGGUAUCUGUAUGUUAAGCUUUAGCUUAUGGUCUUGAUGGCUGAACGUGUUGACAUUAGCUUAACAUAUUUAAAACAGAGUUGUUGACCUACCAGUGUAUGUAUUGUAACUUAACAACCAACACUCAAUGUAUUUUGAAUUUAAUUACAAAAAGUGUAACAAAUGGUUAACACAGGGAAAUAUUUGGGAAUAGCUUCUUAUUUUAACAGUAGGAUCAGCACUGAGUUUUGAUGAGUUUUAUAAUUUUCUUACCUUAGGUAACAAACAGGUGUAAGGCAGAUGGAACCAGGCUUUACUCAGUAGUGCCCACUGACAGAACAAAAGGCAAUAGGCACACACUGAAAUAUAGAAAAUUCCCUCUGAAUGGAGGAAACCUUUUUUCUUUCUGAACUGUGCAGAUGAUUUAGUGCCGGACUAGGUUUCUCAGACAUUUUCAGUCUCCAUCAUUUGGGAUACUCAAAGCUCAGCUGCCCAAGUCCUUGAGAAACCUGCUCUGUUUGGGGCAGAGGUGGUGAGGAGAAGGGAUAUGGAAGCUACAAGAAUUCAGGAUGAACAAGGGAACCCAGAAGUGCUUACCAACCUUGAGUGUUCUGUGAUUCUAUGGAGUAGCAGGAGAUGUAGAUGGAGGCCUGAUAUUUGCAUAAAAGCAAUGCAUACAAUUCAGAGCUGUCUUUCUGAUUCACACCCUGUCAAAAGCUGUACUGUGAAACUGAUGGCUGCAGUAUGCUAUGAAUGUCACAAGAUUGCUCAUUUUCUGAAAGUGGUAAUGGAAGUUGGUGUCAGGAAAGGGGUUAUAGUGUAGUAGUUACUCUUUAUGAUAAAUGAUUAAAUGCUCAAAUUUUUACGCUUUAAAUUUCAUAGUAAUUUUUGGUGAUGCUUGAUUUCAGAUUGAAACAAUGUAUGUGUGUAGCCUGACUGUAUGCUUCUUUGUUGUUAUGGUUUUCUCCUGACAUCCAUUUUUGGCUGACGCCAGAGAAGGGAUAAUGGAUCUUAUGGCAAUUUGGUUUCACCAGCCGUCAGAUUUUUGUAUGGGGUGUUACACUGCACCAGCAGAGACAAUAAAAGUAACCUCCUUUUUCCUUCCUUGUGGUUUUGCAGAUUUGCUUAGGCUAUUUUGACUUACAAGCCACACAGUGCUUACAGGUCAUGGAUCUGAAUCUGAAGUAUUUGCAUUUCCCAUUACGACUUACAACGGAGACUCCUGCUUGGCACAGAAAAAUUUGGUGUCUGUAAAAGCAACAGAGGAUAAACCUGGUUCUAGACAACUAAAGACUUUUUGGGAGAUUCUAUACGAAAAAAGAGGAUACAAAGAAGUUACAUAAUACAUGGAGAAACUGGAAUGUGUUGAAAUUUCAUAUCUAUAAGAUAUGAAUUAAGAGGCACUGCUAGCCCAGGAAAUGCUUGGGAAUUAGAUAGAAAUGUACCAGAAUCUUAAAGACAUUCAAGAAAAAUUUCUGGUGUUCUGUAUUUUUUCUUUUUUUUUUUUUUUUUUUUUUCCCCCUUCCUUAUAAGUCAGUUGAUUUCAGCCAUGGAUUGUUUCUAUCCUGUACUUGAUGCUGAAAUUAGUUUUCUAGGGAAUGAAAGGAUUUCCUGUCUGAAAAGGAGUUUUCCAACUAUUUCAACAAAAUGAGCCCAAACCCUUCUGAUCCUCUUUUCUUUUAUUCAUAAUUCUAAAUUGUUUUUUUCUUCCUGUCUGUCAUAAGUGAUUAACUGUAUAUGAAAGGCUGCCCUUGAGAUUUGCAGAGAUUUGAAAUAUUGAUCCCUGAAGAAGGCAAAUGACACUGAAAGUUCAAAGUCCCUUUACAUUAAAGCAAGAACAAAUAAUUGUGGGGAGUAAUAUAGAGUUGUAUAGGAAUAUAAGUUUUUGCUUGUAAGGUACGAGUUCUAUGCUUCUGGGACUGAAGAUAAAUCAACCCCCAAUUUCUGAUUUUGUGUUUCUGGUUUAGGUGACACCAGAACACCUCUGGAAAAUAAAGAGUUUUCUGUUUGAGUAUCUUGUCUCUUGUUGCUUCGCACCCAGCUCAGUCAACAAACAAAACCAAGCUUGGCCUGAUUUCCCAUACAUUGGAAACUGGCAGGAAUCAUGUCCAUAAAACACACAAGCACACGAUGAAGCUUGACUUCAUUUUGGGCAGAUGUGGAGAACCAUUAACAAAACCUCUACGCUGGACUUCUGGAGGACAGAUUUUUGUCUAUUCAGAAGUCUAGUUCAGAGCAUACCCUGGGAAACAAUGCUUAAAAACAAGGAGGCCCAGGAGGGUUGGACAUGCUUCAAGCAGGUGGUUUUGAGUGCACAGGAACAGGCUAUACCAGUGUGCCGAAAGGCUAGCCGGUGGGAAGACAACCGGCUUGGCUAAACAGGGAGAUUCUGAAUGAAAUCAGAAAUAAAAAGAGACUUUACCGACUGUGGAAAAAAGGGCUGGCUACUUAUGAAGAAUUUAUGGAAAUAGCUAGAUCAUGCAGAAAAAAGAUCAGGGAAACAAAAGUGCAAUUUGAAGUUAACUUGGCCAAUUCUGUCAGGGAUAAUAAAAAGUCCUUCUUCAAAUAUGUUAAUAACAAAAGGAGGGGCAAGGAAAACCUCCAUUCUCUGUUGGACUCUGAAGGAAAUAUAGUUAACAAAGAUGAGGAGAAAGCUGAGGUACUUAAUACCUACUUUGCCUCAGUUUUUACCAGUAAGACAGGUGGCCCUCAGGACAACUCAUCUCUGGAGAUGGUUGGCAGAGAUAGGAAGCCAAAUAGGCCCCUUGUAUUCCAGGAGGAAAUAGUUGGUGAUUUACUGAGCCAUCUGGAUCCUCACAAGUCUAUGGGACCAGAUGAGAUCCAUCCUAGGGUGAUGAGGGAGCUAGCAGAAGAACUUGCCAAGCCACUCUCCAUCAUCCUCCAACAGUCCUGGCUCACUGGGGAGGUCCCAUAUGAUUGGAAAUUGGCCAUUGUUACCCCAGUCCACAAAAAGGGCUGCAGAGCUGACCCUGGCAACUACAGGCCUGUCAGCCUGACCUCGGUGCCUGGCAGGGUUAUGGAGCAGAUCAUCCUGAAUGGAAUCACACAGCACCUUCAGGAUGGACAAGGGAUCAGACCCAGCCAGCAUGGGUUUAGGAGGGGCAGGUCCUGUCUGACCAACCUGAUCUCCUUUUAUGAUCAGGUGACUCACCUGGUGGAUGAGGGGAAAGCCGUGGAUGUGGUCUAUCUGGACUUCAGCAAGGCCUUUGACACUGUCUCCCAUAAUAUACUCUUGCAAAAGCUGGUAGCCCAUGGCUUGGACAAGCGUACUCUACGCUGGGUUAAGAACUGGCUGGAGGGCCGGGCCCAGAGAGUGCUGGUGAAUGGGGCUGCAUCCAGCUGGCGGCCAGUCACUAGUGGUGUUCCCCAGGGGUCAGUGUUGGGUCCAGUCCUGUUUAACAUCUUUAUUGACGAUUUAGAUGAGGGGAUUGAGAACAUCAUCAGCAAAUUUGCUGAUGACACCAAGUUGGGAGGGAGUGUCGACCUGCUGGAAGGCAGGAGGGCUCUGCAGAGGGAUCUGGAUAGACUGGAAAAAUGGGCUGAUUCCAAUGGGAUGAAGUUCAAUAAGGCCAAAUGCCGGGUGCUGCACUUUGGUCACAACAACCCCCUGCAGCGCUACAGGUUGGGCGUAGAGUGGCUGGAGAGCAGUCAGACAGAAAGGGACCUGGGGGUACUAAUUGACAGGAAGCUCAACAUGAGCCAACAGUGUGCCCAGGUGGCCAAGAAGGCCAACGGUAUCCUGUCCUGUAUCAAAACCAGCGUGGUCAGUAGGACAAGGGCAGUGAUCCUUCCCCUGUACUCUGCAUUGGUGAGGCCACACCUGGAGUAUUGUGUUCAGUUCUGGGCCCCUCAGUUCAGGAAAGACAUUGAAGUGCUGGAGCGGGUCCAGAGAAGAGCAACACGACUGGUGAAGGGACUUGAACAUAAGACCUAUGAGGAGAGGCUGAGGGAGCUGGGGUUGUUUAGUCUAGAGAAGAGGAGGCUUAGAGGUGACCUCAUCACUCUCUAUAACUACCUGAAGGGAAGUUAUAGCCAGGUGGGGAUUGGUCUCUUCUCCCAGGCAGUUAGCAAUAGGACAAGGGGGCAUGGGCUUAAACUCUACCAGGGGAAAUUUAGGCUGGAUAUUAGAAAGAAAUUCUUUACAGAGAGAGUGGUCAGGCAUUGGAAUGGCUGCCCAGGGAGGUGGUGGACUCGCCGUCCCUGGAGGUUUUUAAACUGAGAUUGGACAUGGUACUUAGUGCCAUGAUCUAGUAAACGGACUAGAGUUGGACCAAGGAUUGGACUCGAUGAUCACUGAGGUCUUUUCCAACCCAGUCGAUUCUGUGAUUCUGUGAUUCUGUGCUUAGUAAGGGGCUGGUAUUUUUCAUAGAAUCAUAGAACAGUUUGGGUUGGAAGAGACCUUCAACGUUCAGCUAGUCUGAGCCUCCUCCCUGCAGUGAGCAGGGACAUCUUCAACUAGAUCAGGUUGCUCAGUCUCAUCCAGCCUGGCCUUGAAUGUCUCCAGGGAUGAGGCAUCUGCCACCUCUCUGGGCAACCUGUGCCAGUGUUUCACUGCCCUUCACAAUGGUAAAUAAUUUAUUCCUUACAUCUAGCCUGAAUAGCCCCUCAGUUCAAAACCAUCACCUCUUGUCUUACCAUAACAGGCUCUGCUAGAAGGUCUGUCUCAGUCUUUCUUAUAAGCCCCUUUUCAGUACUGAAAGCCCACAAUAAGUUCUCCUGGAGUCUUCUCUUCUCCAGGCAACAACCCCAGCUCUCUCAGCCUGUCCUCACAGCAGAGCUGUUCCAGCCCUCUGAUCAUUUUUGUGGCCUCCUCUGGCCCCUCUCCAACAGGUCCAUGUCUUUCCUGUACUGAGGACUCCAGAGCUGGACACAGGACUCCAGGUGGGGUCUCACCAGAGCAGAGCAAAGGGGCAGAAUCACCUCCAUUGACCUGCUGGCCACGCUGCUUUUGAUGCAGCCCAGGAUACAACUGGCCUUCUGAACUCCAAGUGCACAUUGCCGGUUCAUGUCCAAACUUUAAUCCAGUAGUGCCCUCAAGUCCUGGUCCACAGAGCUGCUCUCAAUCCCUUCAUCCCCCAGCCUGUGUUGAUACUGGGGGUUGCCCCAACCCAUGUGCAGGACCAUGCACUUGUCCUUGCUGAACCUCACGAGUUUCACAUGGGCCCACUUCUUGAGCUUCUCUAGAUGGCAAGAAAAGUGGGAGUGUGUACUGUAAUGUUUACAUUUGUGUGCUCAAACUUGUUAAUGAGGAAAAAGAAUGGUUCUUGUCAAACGUCUUAUUAUGUAGCCUGUGUGUUAUGGGAAAUACUGGAUUUUUUUUCUGAAAGGCAGGGAGUUGUUACGGAUAUUGGUUGUCUUCAGGCAGUGCUGUUAGCCAGGACAGGCAAAGGGAAUAAAGUGUGGGCAACUUCAAUCUCCAAGUUGUGACUUGAUUUAGGAGUUAAGCUCAGAGAAGCAAGUAAAAUUUGGUUGUUGGUGGGACAUAACAUGCAAAGAGGCUGCCAAGCAGUGUUGCCUUUCCUCUUUAUGACUGUUUUUGUGUACUGCAGAUGCAUGCUGUGGUCUGCUGCUUAUAUGUGCAGUGGAGUGGCUCUGAUUUCUUCAGAUGUCUCUUAAUGUUUGUGGUGAGAGAAGGUGUGUAAGAAUAGUGGGGCUUCUUAGCCUGGGCAGAAAUGAAAUCCAAGACUCUUUAGGCUCACAUAUAGAUAAAGGUACGUAUACAAUGGUGAAGUAUACACACACACACAUAUAUAUAUAUAUAAAGAAGAAAAUGGCAGUGUUCCGUUUUGUGCUUAGUGAUAAGUAGUGUAUUUAAGAACGUAAGCAUAGCUCAAGAUUUGAAAAAGAUCUGAUAAUCUUCCCUUUUCUGGUUUGGUCUUUAUCCUGAAAUUUAUUUAAUUGUAAAGCAAAUGUAAUCUUUUUACAUUUGGUAGGCAAAAUGUAUUGGAGUAUUUAAUGGAGUUAUGGGGCUUAUAAGUCAGUACGAUGUUGUUGUACUAAAUUUUGGAUACCAUUGCUGAGUUUGAGCAAAGUGGGAGGCAUUUGCAAUGCACAAAGUUUUGUCUGGAAGGCUAGAAGAGUAAAACAGCAGAAGUUAGGGAUAGAUUUUAUGCAAUGGCAUAGAAGGUCUUUUCUUUGAAGAGCAUUCUGCAAUGUGUACUACUUGGUGCUGAUAUUAUCAUGUUCAUUAUCUAAUGACAGUCAAGUACAAAAAUCUGUAUUUUUUGCUUGCAGCUGUUCUUUACCUCUGCAGGCUGGAGGUGUAAAUGGGGCCGUAGCUGGAUGGGAGGUAAAACCACUAGUAGGCUUUUUGCCUUUCCAGAAACUUGGAGACAGUGAGAAGUGUUCAAGACAGGGAACUUCAGACUUAAGGAACCAGUUCAGAUGUGAGUUGAUUAACAAUACUGCUGUAUGCAGGCAUGCUUUGUGGUCUUUGUAGAUCCUCUGAGCUUUCGGAGGUGUUGAAAAUGUAAUAGCAAUAUUUCAGUGUUGCACUCCUGGACUGCCUUAGUUAAAUGGUAAAGUGACAAAGGGGUAUGAAAUUUUACUGAAACAGAAGCAGAGAUGCAGACUAAGCUGUGUGAUCAGUAGGUUAUUGAUGUCAAGAUACCAAGAGACCAGGUUCUUCUUGUCAGUUCCUAUGUUCACUUUGUGUCAAGAAAACUUGAGUAUGAAUUCCUUAGAACUACAAUAGGGGCAAGGCAUGUAAGUGCUCGGAAGUAGUUAAAAUAAAUUUACUGCAUCAACUUAGGAGUUGAUUGUGAGUUAAGAAAGGGAGGAAAAAAAAUCCAAGGGAAACACAAUCAUUAUCAAAUGGGAUUUGAACAGAGCCUGUUAAGGACACAGUGGAUUUUCACUCUGAAUUGCUGGCUGUACAUAAAUUUUCUGGUCUAUUCAGUAACAUAGAGUGAGCUGGUAAAAGCUGGACAGCUGUUUAGAAAUGAGACCAAGAUGUCCCCACUCAUUCCUGAAACACGUCAACUUGCUGUCAGCAUUUUCAGUACUGACUUGUUAUUGAUCUACCUGAAUUGCAGGACUGCCAGUCUUGCUAUGUGGCUCUUGUGAUGUAAAUGGGUAUCCUGGGCUGCAUCAAAAGCAGCGUGUCCAGCAGGUCGAGGGAGGCGAUUCUGCCCCUCUGCUCUGUUCUGGUGAGACCCUCCCUGGAGUCCCGUGUCCAGCUCUGGAGCCCUCAGAUGGCCAGAGUGAUGGCACAGCUGUGCUGUGAGAAAAGGCUCAGAGACCCAGGGUUGUUCAGCCUCGAGAAGGCUCCAGGGAGACCUUAUUGCCACCUUUCAGUGCUUAAAAGGGGCCUAUAAGAAAGAUGUGGGUAGACUUCUUAGCAGGGCCUGUUAUGAUAGGACAAGGGGUAGUGGUUUUGAACUAAAAGGGAAAAUUUGGGCUAGACAUGAGGAAGUAACGUUUUACAAUGAGGGUGGAACAUUUUGUCCAGAGAGGUGGUAGAUGCCCCAUCCCUGGAAAUAUUCAAGGCCAGGCUGGAUGGGGCCCUGAGCAACCUAAUCUAAUUGAAGAUGUCCCUGCUGAUUGCAGGGGCAUUGGACUGGAUGACUUUGAAGGUCCCUUCCAAAGCAAACACUAGCAUUUGCUCCUCAGAUUUAUGUGGGAUUGCUUGUGCAGCUCAUCCUUUUUUUUUCUAAGCCAACAUAUGGAGGACUCCUUUGGCACACUUACAGCUUUACCAGGCAGCUCUCAUCCAGCCUUUUGUAUUCAGAAUGUUUAGCAUGGCAAAUACAGCUACCCUGCUGGCAGAUGAUUACUGCUGGCUGUUAAUGGCUCUUGGGAGGAAAGCAGGGGAGGGGAGGAGUAGUGUGAUCUUUGCGUAUACCUUUCCUUUCUCAUUUCUGGCCUUCAUGGUUUUGAAUAUUUUUCACUGUGGUGUCUGGAGAAAAGGACUCACUGAGGUCUGCUUGUGAGUUUAGGAACAGGAAAUUUUUUUUUACUUGUAUGUUUAUCUGAGCACAGUAUGGGAUAGUUACAGCACUGAUAGUUAUUUCACUUUUCAGCUAAGAUUCUGUGGGGUUCAGCCAUGAUAGUAUUUAGCUCUUGAAUUGUACAUGUGCAAGUCCAAGCACGUCACAGAGGACAGAUAUAUAUCUCUAUUUACAGGUAUGGAGAGCCCAAGACACAGUGGCAAAUUGACCUGAGAGGCCAGUGGCAGAACCAGGAUCAGUGCAGCUCCACUGACACUGAGUCCAGGGUUCCCCCACCAGAGCAGGUGGGACAGGAGGUCUGUAACCAAUUCCCCUUUUCAGUUACAUGUUGCUGUAGGGUAAUAAGGCUCAUGACUGCUCUUUGAAAUCAUUCAAGGCAAGAGGUUGAACAGUUACAGAAGCAAGCACCAGAAUUUCUAGUUAGAGGAGCUGCUAAUCUUACUAGCUUCCUAGAGAGAAUCAUAUGCUUUCUUUGUUCCUGAAGCUGAGCGUAGACCCCUUAAUGGGCUAUCCACACGUAAUAUUUAAGUUUACAGCUAGUCCCUUUUGCACAAUUACUGAGUCAUGUUUGAAGAGGCCCUACUGUGUACCACCAGUUCUCCUAAGCACAACAGGGCUCUUCUGUACAAGUGUGUGCAUUUGUGUGCUUGCACAUCUGUAUGAGGAAAGGAGUCUGGAACUAACAUAAUCAAUUUCUCUCCCAUCACCUCCUGACAGAAUUUUCCCUCCUACUUUUAUUGUCCCCUUUCUCUAUUUUGGUUCUUGUUCUUUGAAAAAUAAAGUUAUUUAUCUUUUUCUUUUCCUCAACAACUCAGUAGAUAUUUAAGGUACAAUAUACUGCCCACCAGCAGGCUCAGUGGGCUGCUGUUUCAGCUGAGGUCAGCACUGUGAUGUGCGUGUACGGUGAGACUGGCAUGUUCUACCUCACUUACCAAGGGCUAAAAACAUGCACACAGUCUGUAUUUGUGCCUCAGCUGAUAUAUGUGGUACCCCAGUUAUGGAUCUAGACUCUCAGGUGGCAUUCAUUUAUCUUCUCUUUCCUCUUCAUUCUUCCCACUCCCAAAAGUGCUCUUAACAGUUGGACCACAGCAAAAUUUACUCACAUUUUCUCAGGAUAUUGAAGGCUACAGUGUCUCAUUGGAGGUCAGAUUCAGUGACUGUGAUAUUUCCCUCUAAGCUGCCAGUCCCAUAAAAAAUUGGUGAUCUGUCACUUAGUAUACCUGUGCUACAGACUGACUGACAUGUGAGUUACAGUGAGGUCUCCACUCUGUCUGUAGUACCUUUUUUUUAGUCCCAAAGAGACAUGAUGGACUGAGGUCACUUGCCCAGCUGAGUUCAGUAAAGGGAUGCUGAUAGUCUGCUUCCUACAUUCAGACAAAUCUGUUAACAGCUUCAGGGAUUGGCUGCAUUUUCUGAUCACCUUGCUGCUGGUCGGUGAUCACCUGUGGUGACCAGUUUGGAUCACUUUUUACAGUGCGAGAAGUAGCAGGCAGGGAGUUUUUUUCAAGUGUUCUUUGAAGAGUGACUGCAUAUCAGCCGUGACUGUAUCAGAUCUGGCUCUUUUCUUAGCACUGAUCUGAUAAUUCUAAACUGCUGCAGAAAGUUAUUCCUCUGAUGUGUAUUUCUUUUUUGUUUUUAUAGAAGCAUACCAAGUUGCUAAUCACCGAAACCUACUGUGUCUUUUCAGAAUGCCUUACUUUAUGAUAACCUUACUGAAGCUGUUGUUCUAUAAUAAAUUUUAAUUAUACAGAAGGUAUUUGUGACAUGGCUAUUAAAGGCUUAGGGGUUAAUUGUAGACUUCCUAUCCAAGGAAUCUGUUGAUUUCAGUGGGUACUAAGAAUGUAUUAAAGCUGCAGGACUAAAGUAAUAGUUACUGGCCAUCUGGCAAUUUGGUUUACAUUUUGAAACCACUGAAAUACAAGUUCUAAAGACAUGUUUUCCCCCUGCUAUAUAUUUCCUUCCUAAACCCUAAUUAGAGGUCUGAAACACAUUUCGAGUCCUUAGAAGAGACGCUUGUUAACUUUGUGUACGGUCGGUAGUCUUUGCCAUUUCAGCAGCGUUAUACACAGUUCAGGCCCAUCCCUUGAAAAAUUUAAAAGCACAGCCACUGGUUUUAUUACCUUACAGCAGCAUGUGGCUGAAAUGGAGAAAGAGCAUUGGUCCAUAUUUGUUAAUGAGCCUUACAGACUAUGGGAUGGAGAGGCAGACUUUGCAUUUCAGGCUGCUUGAGAACCUUUCUUAAUGUCCCCAUACAUGUAGAGGGGUUAGGCUCAGCAUCUUGGUGACAAUCCUAGACUGGCUAGAAGAGCUGAGGAAAGGUCAAUUAUUUUUAGUUUAUGAGUGGUCAGCUCUGCACUGGCUGCCCAGACCAUGGUGUAUUCUCAGCUAUAAUGUUAAUAUACAACUUCACAGAAGUGGAGUCAGCGAUGGGAUGCUUUCUUUACAGUAGGGAAAAAUGGGAUCAUGACUCAAGCAAUCUAUAUCACCGAAAAGGUGCCUGUUGUAAGAGUUCUUCUGUGGUCAAGAAACCAGAUCAAGCAACUUCCACCAAGUAACAUUUAUUCCCCAUGUUCUCUCUUGUUUCUUGCAACAGCCAAAAUUUUGUCUUAAGUAAUUGCAGCUAAGAGAUUUCUGGGAGUUUUGACAUCUUCUUAAGACAGUGGCAUAGAACUAAAGUUUGUGAAGCCAAACAAGCAAGAUUAAAAAUAGAGUAACUUUCAGUUAAUACACUGAACAUCAAAAACCUUGCUUCUGUCAUUAAUUUCCUUUCGCAUGUGACAUGUAUGCCAUGGUUGCCCAUCCUGGACAUAAACAGUGCCAAGACUUAAUGUUUUCUUCAGGUUGUGCAUCACUAUGUAGUUUAGAGUUUUACUGUUUGGUUGCUUUUUUCUGUGUUGCAACUCUGGCAAAAGUUUAGCUGAUCAGAACCAAUAGGUUUUUGUUUUAACAGGUUUUGGUUUUCAACUUUUUGAUGGCAGGCCUUGCAGUAUAGGGAUUUUGUGUGAGAUUCUCUAAUUUAAAAAAACUUUUAAUUUUUGCUCUGAGCACUUCCCUUUGAAGACGGUCCAUAGCUCAAUGCUGGGCUGAUCGAUGCAAACCUGGACAAUAGGCACGACUGACUUGAGCAUUUCUUUAAGUCUGUUCCAGCAGGGAUCUUGAGGAGGAUGAUGAGUAUCAUAGCUGGUUCCAGCGGGCAGGCUGGCCAUGCAGCAGCCACGAGCAGCUCUGUCGUCGCAGGGGGCUGAAAGCUGCCGUGCCCUCCUGGCUGAGGAGGCUUUCAAAGGCAAGACUAAAGCUGUCCUGUACAAGGAAGUGGGGUUGAGCUGAUUGUGGUCAUUAAUGCCCCUGUAAUGAGGGGCCUGUAAGGAAUGUUGCUCAGCAGCUGUGGUAUCCUUCACGUGGUGCCAGUUAAACAACGUGAUUGUGAAAUUUCAAGCAGCUAGUACUUGCGCUUAAGCAGAGAGGAUGGUUUAGAGGCUUCUUAUGAGGCAGGGGUUAAUUGCAAUGUCUGAGAGAACGUGGGGUGAUUGAGGUAUUGCCUUGUGUAAAUGUGUUGAAUAAUGUUGCCUUUAAUAGAAAUCUAGAGAAUUUUCUGUUUAUUAAAUAAUUCUGCUGGAGAAUUGAGUUUCAGUGACAGGUAUUGCUGGGACAGAAAACUGUGUGGCAAUUCAGCUUCACUGCCCCCUGGUAUUAUUGUACCACUCUCGGGGUGUUACUUUGGCAGUACUAUCUACAUAAUUCCCUAGCAUAUUACCAGUGCCUUUGUUUAUUUCUAAAAUGUAAGUCAAAAUAAGUACUGUUAUAAAUGCAAAAUUUUGGAUUGCAGGAGUGUAUGUGGAUGUUUUGUUUUGCUACAUUCCCUUUAGUACUUACUAAUGCAUCCAGAAAUUCUAGUGAUUAUUAAAUAAGUGUGACAGGGAAAACAAAACUUUUCGACUGUACACAGAACUCAAGCAUGAUAAUUUCAGAAAAUAAAUAGUUCUGAUUUCUGCACCCCCUCAACACAUACCACCCAUAAAUUUUGAACUAAACCUUUAAAAUAGUUACCAUGUUUAGCUCUCAAAAGGGGUACCUAUAAAUGUUACCUUGUUAGAUUAAUAAAGACAACUUGAAGUAACCCUCACUUGUCUGUAAACUCUUCACAAACUAAUUGCAGUUUCUAGAUAAACUCUUUCCUUUCUCUCUUUUGCUUUGGGGUUGAAACAGUGGCAAGCAAGAUCUGUCCACAUUCACAACACAGGCUUAGUGAUUAUUCUACCUAGCUCACAUUUCUGAAUGUUACUUUGCUCAUAUGGCACAGCUAUUUCAUAUUUGAAUAUAAUAGGACUGUUACGAAAGGUGAAGAUACUAUGCAGAAGUGCUGUUAAGUGUUAUGAUAUAUUACUCUCGAAGUGUAGUUGACUUUCUCCCCUGAGUGUGUCAUUCUCAGUGAAGAAGGUGGAAAUUGGUAGCUGUGAAGUGUGUGGGGUAUUUAAGGAACCACCUUCAGUCUCAGAUGAACCUCUGGGCUCCUGUCAGUAGCAGGGCUGUGUGCGCAGUGGUGGAAAAGGGAAUCGUAUGUGGGCUUGCUGCCUAAUGAGAAGUGGAAUGAAGUGGUAAAGCAUCUCUCUUCCUCACAGUCCUUUUAGUUAUUAAAGAGAGUGAUUUCUCAUUUUCUAGUCUGUUCACAAGAAGGUGGGUUUUGUACUUAAACUGUUGACUUGUUUUUAAAAUCUUCUUACUAAAAUCAGUGUCUGUCCCAUAAUUGUGACUUGACUUGCAGGUGAACUUGCACUAUAGAUGAAAAUACACUUUCCACACAAGAAGUUUAAUGUGUUGGGGGAGGGCUGUUUCUGCUUUUGUUUGCUUUUUUUGAUCAGUGGAAGGUUAGCUGAAAUGCUGUCCUCUUAUGCUGAACUCUUUGGUAGAGAGUCGAAGGUACCUUGAAAUUGACAUUAGAGGCGGGAGAAACUUUGAGAAACCUUUUCUGUUUUUAAAAAAAGCCUCCUUAAAAACUGUAUUUUUCUGAUUAGGGAAUUUCUUUUUCCACCUUUAGUCUUCUGAAAUAAUUGAGCAUAAUCAAAUUUGAAGUCGGUGUUUGGUUCUCAAAACAUUUUUUUAGUAAGCCUUUAACUUGCUUUUCUCCCUGUCUUUAUUCUUCAGUGCAUCAGAACAAAUGUAUCUUGGAGGAAAAUGAGAACCCUUGUUUUUUGGGCCUUAUUCUUUCGAAGCCGAGACUGGCUGAGUUUUAAGGGGAGGGGCAGGUAGGUAGAGCAGAAAUGUCACAUGAAGACACCAAAAUGUGCCCUAGAAACAGUUUCUAAACUCACACUUCCGAAUUAAUGCUUUGUCAUGUUUGAACAGUUCCACUACAGAUAUUGCCUCUAUAAAGCUACAAAAAUUGUAGAUGGCUCACAAAGUGUCCAUCGGAAGUAUAGAGUAAGGCAAACAUGAAUUAAAUUGGUUAAACCCUGGUAAACUGAAAUGAAAUUAAAAUCCUUAGAAAUCAAGAUGAACAUCAGACAUCUUAGAAACAGUAAGUCCUGUCAUUUCUAUGUUAAAUCGCCCCAGGAAAGUAAACGAGAGAAGCAUGUACUGACAUGAAAAUUCAGUUGUACUACAACUUCAGGUAAAAACAAGAGGGACUUCACAUAGCACGUAGACUUACCUACCGUCUUUCAUAGGUGUUUGUUUAUAUGAGAAGUCACCCUGCUAAUUUGUGUUUAACAGUAACAGAAGAGAGGCUUUCUCUCCUUGCCAGAGGUGAAUAUUUCUUGUAACUUUUAAAAUUAACAUUGUCAAUGUAGCCUCUAUUGUCUUUCUGUUCCUUUAUCUGUGGGGAAUGCAGAGAACACAUCUUUGUGACAGAGGCCAUGGAAGUGCUAUGGGAAGAAAAAUUGGGGGAGCACCUUGAGUAACUGGUGAGCAAAACCUUUAUUAAAUAGAAGGAAAUAGAAAGAACAGGAGUAGAAAUGAGGUUUGUUGAGAAGUGGAGGGAAUCUGAAAUCAAGGAAAAGAGCUUAUCACUGUAAAGCAUCAUGAAUUGGCUGGUGUUGUGUUGGGAGGAGAGGUUGUGUGAGAGUUAUCUAACUUGAAGGCUGAAUGGCUUGCAAUAUGAAAUCUGGUACACAGAAAGGGGGAGUCAGGACAUAAGUUUCUGAGUUAUUUGACUGUAUGUUGUGGUUUUCCUCAACAGAGACAUAAGCUGUCAGAGCAUAAUUAGCUGCUCAGCUCUUGCACAGGUCUGGUAAGAGGCAUGUUCUCAUGCUUUGUGCCAUUCCAGAUGCAAUGCUAGUGCUCUGUCCUGCCUUGUCUUUCUAAGUGACUGUGAACAAGGUUUUUCAAAUAGCAGUUUUAGAAGACAGCAGUUACACUGCAAAAACAGAAGCCUAUGAGACUGUAAUAAAGGCCAGUAAGGGAUUUAAAGUAACAAUCUGACAUGGUGAAAAGUCUUAUUGUUGCUUUAAGAAAACUGAAAAUCCUCCAAAAGUGUACCAAAACUGAUUUACAGAGAGAGGAGGAGAAGUAUGUGUUUGUAGUGAGCUUGGGACCGAACACUUGCUUUGGGGAUUUGACAGGAAUGGUUUGCAGAUCAGAGAAAUAAAAAGCAUGUGUAGUAAGUCUACAGUUACAUUUGACGGUUGGAAUGAAAACCAGAGCUUUCACUUUUAUUUUAACAUUCUCUACGCUUUUUUUACUACAGAAAUCAUUGUCACUUUUUUUGCCAAAGUUGUUCUCUUCAGUGGGAAAUGUGCUUUUAAGCAUCUGAAAAUAUCUGUGGAAGUCUGAGAACAGCUUAUACCAUGUUCUGCCUCGCUGUUGGUAUCUUGCGGGACUCUUCCUUUUUGUUAGUUUGUUUUACAUCAAAAUAAUUUGUAUGACUGUGCUAGUAAGCGUUUCAUAAUGAACUAUAUAACCCAUAGAAGAAAUGUGAGAGGCAGGAAAACACAACUGGGUAUGUAGUGAGUAAUGAGGAAGGAUAUUUUUCAUUGGAUUUGUUUACCGGUUUAUGUUGACUGCAAUACUAUUAAAAUGUGGAAGAAACAAGAACUGCAGAAGCACGUGCUCAGACGUUUCAGCACACAGUGUGUAGCAGAACAAGAAGGGGGUCUUCAGCUGUUGUCUCUGUUUAUUCAUCACAUGACUGUGAAAAGGUUGCUUCAUUUUCAUAUUCUUGCUUCUAUACACAGACAUCUCUUAAGUGCUGUGGUGUAGUUUUACAAAAGUUGCUAAUAGACCAAUGUCUCCCAUUUUCCUUGUUCCCUCUCUUCCAUUUAGAGCUUUGAGAAGUCACAGCUGGGGAUGAAGCUUUCCUACAGGCUGAGCUCUCAGUCUUGGUUGUGAACCUUGUUUACUUUUCAAUUUGCUGGUUUUUUGUGAGUGCUUGAGUUACGUCUCCAACUUGGCAGACAAAGUGAGCUGGUGUUUAAAGAUGCUGAGCGCCCCUCUGCUUGCUCACCAUCCCAAGAACUGUUGGUAGCUCACAUUUACCUCAUUGCUAGAAGCAGCUUUGGACAGUUAGUAGAAAAUACCUCGUAAUGAGAGGAGUGAGUGAGGAUCUGUGUUCUGUUAUGGACAGGAAAGAGGAAAGAAAUGUCCUGUUAAAGAUGAAACAUAAGAAAUUUGUGAGGGGUUUUGGUUGUGUUAUGUUUCACAGAAACCUCUAGCUCAGUAGGCUAGACUAUUUACCAUAUUCCCAGAUUCAAGUUUUUCAGCAUCUUGUGACAUAAUCACAUCAGUGACUUGGAGAAAACUAUUGGAAAAUUUGCCUUUUCUUCAAAACUGAGGAUCAGGUGGAAAUGUUUAAUUACCAUUUACUAGAUGGAACAGAAUGAACAGUGUUUGUAUUAGAAUAUGAAAGUUUCAAAGACAAAGUUAGAUUAUAGAAGGCCUGGUCUUCCUGAUUUACCUUUUGAUCUUGAAUGGGGGGGAUACUGAUACUCUCAUAUGCAAUAAACAGAAUGUUCUGAUGAUAGAUACUUUCUGGCAAAAGGUAAAGUAGGUUGUUACAAUGGUACAAGCGCAUAAAAAUAGCCAGUUCUAAAAAUAUGAGUUUUAUCUUGUUCUUUAAUUAACUUCUGGUUUCUACUUAAUAAAGUAACAUGGAAUAUCUAGCAGGGUGCUGUGAACUAGAAUAUAUUGUAAAGUCACUUAUAAAAUCCUGUCAAUGAGGAGCAUUUGGAAAUGAAGCAUCAUGCCAGAGAGAUGUAGAAACAAUAGAGAGAGCUUGGAAUGAAUUCAAGUUGGAAAAACAAGGGGACACCAAUUAAAUCGUCCUCACCAGUUUACUAUAGUGCUCUGAGUGCAUAUAGCAUUCUGCUGUGACUGCCAGAUAUCUGACCUUAUCUGUGAGGGUGUCUGGUUCUCCUGGAAGUUGACCCACUGAUUGCAGUUGGUAUGGGAGGGAUGAGGGGAGGGACAGUGUGUGUGUGUGCUGUCUUGUCCACAGCACAAACAACCACCAGCAGAUCUGUGUUAAACCGUUCUAGUGCUGUAAUUUAAUUGUGUUACAGUAGCUGUGAGAAGUUACUAAUGCAGUGCUAAGACUGCACCAUUACAUUUACCAGCUUCUUGUGGUCGGAACUGAGAGUGGAGAGAAGCAUUAACUCAACCGUGUACGUAUUUUCUGACAUAAAUAGGUUAUACAACAAAUAGUAAAAUAUUAACUAGGAAAAAAAGGAAAAUGUUGCACAGAUACAAAACUGAUAGGUUAAAAUCUUUUUCCUGCCUGCACACACACUCUGUAAGUUGUGUAAACAAGCAAAUUGAAAGUCCUGUUAGCAUAGGUAUUUCAGUUUCUGAUCGUUCGUGUGUGUGUCUGCACGUUAGAGGAACAAAUGCACAAACUUAGUUGAAGUACAUUGGUUAUAGAGCUUGCAGGGGUUAACCUCCUGUCGUCUUGUUCUAAUUAAUCUUGUGGCUCUCUUGUAUCUCUGAAAGAUGAGAUUUUCUUCUUUGUUUGGAGACCUCAUGGACAGAAACUGUAGUGCUAGUUGACAUAGUUUGGACCAAAUGUGUGGUAAAGGAACCAGUACUUUACUAAGCACUGGUGUUUUGUCGAAAGGUAUGGAAUGAGCUAAGUUCUGCAUGAAGGUAAAUGAACAAAAAGUUCUGGGCUUGGGAAAGCUAUAUAAGUUAUUUUCAAACUUGUCCAGCAGUUGCUGGUCACAGUGGUUCUAUUAGUUACAAAAUGACUUGAAGUAAAAUUGUAACUGAAUCUUCUUAGAUUUUGUGUCAUUGGAGGCUAAGUGUCAAAAUUUAAUGGAAGCUUUCAUAUCAUAAGCUCAUCUAAUCAGAACAUCUAUCUUCCUAUGUUUUUGCAGAGUGCCUUGUACUGCACAGAGUUGCUAUGGGCCCUCCACAGGCUGUCACUGCACAAAUAAUACUGUUCGAUACCAGCCUGACGUAACUUCUUACCAUCACUGUGUCCUUUGCAAGCUGACUUUCAGUGUAGUAGCUGGUUACCAUUAGUAUCAGUGUGAGCUGAGGUGGUUUGUUACUGUUUUAGUGGCACCACUCUGCCUUGGAAAGCAUUUAUAUCUUAAGCUGUGUUACAGCAUCCACUGGGCAAUGAUUCACAGAAUCAACUGAUAUUCUUACAGAAAAAUGGCUAAGAUUUUGGGCAGAUGUAGUGAGCGGCCAUUCCUCUUAUUAGUAACCGGUACCACACUGUGUGCAUUGGAUUGUACCCAGGGAAUAAAAGGUGUGAUUUUCAGAUGUCUGCAGGAGUUAAGUUGAUAGGUGGUAAGGGAAGGGGAUGGUAAACAGGAAUAUUCUCCAUCAGCAUUAGUCAUGAUGUGGAGAACAUGGCUCAUUAUUGUUUGGCAUUUUUUGUUAAACAUCCCGUGAAAGAAUGUGCAAGGUCCAUAUGAUGACCCUGGGAAUCUGCAUCCUACAGUUUUCCCUAUAAAUGGAAAACAGGUUGCUUUGGGUGGAUAUAAAGAUCAUUAGCAUUAGCACCUCUAUGUUGGAGACAAGGAUUACAUUGUAUGGCAAAUACAACCUUUAGAGGGUGAAAGAAAAAUUGUCAGUCAAAUUUUCUUCUCUCCUUGCUUUUGGGUAUAAAGUUAGACUAGCACAAUCAUGAAAUUUUAUCAAACUUAGUAUCCACUUGCCACUCCAAUAUAAGUAUGCUAUUCACAUGCUGGGCCUUUAGGAUGUCGGGCAGAGAGAAUCUAUUCUUCCAGAGCUAUGAAGAUGCAAACGUGUUCUGUCUCUGUGCAGACAGUAGCAUGUGCAGAUAUGGUGGCAAAAAGUUGAGAAAACAUUGCAAAAAGCAUUUGAACCUCGGCUUUACUUUGAAGUUUGAGAUGAGAUAGUGUAGGUUUGGGGUAUUUAUGAAAGUGAGAAAGGGAAGGAAAUGUUAGGAAUGCUCAAACAGAAUCAUGUUUUUAGAAGUGAGCCAGCAGUGUAUCUGCAGCAAUAAUGUUUAUGGCACGUGGAGAGUAGCGAAUUUUCAACAAUAAAACUGAAGAUUUGGAAUUACGUAGGCAAACUGUAGGAUGUGAGGUGGGGAGGAAACUGCUUCCUUAUUUUUUUACCCACCUUUUACUACAGGCUGGAAAUGAGCAUGAGAAAGUAUCAUAUACCUUGACCUUACUGUAUUUUGUUGCAGCUUGUUCAAUUUCUCUAGCAAUGGUGAUGGCUCAGCUGAAAAAAUGGAUAAUUUUUGAAAGUACAUUAUAUUCACAAACUAUGAAUGCAGAAGUAAUCCUGGCUGUUAGACAAGACACCAGAGUGUGUCUUUCUUUUCUCAAGGAGUUAUUUUUCAGACUGUGACUGUGCUUUGCUUGUAGGAUCAUUGCACAGUUGUGCUAUUUUCAGCACCUUGUAGAACAGGUUGUUAAAAGCAGUUACACUGACCCACUUAACUGUCUUUCCUGUUGUGUACAAUAUAUAGGUAUUGGUGGCAAAAUGUAAAACUUCUCUCUUGUCCGAUCUGCCGUUGUGUCAGACAAUACACUUUAACCCCAUCAAAGUAUAAAACACUGAAAAUAAUACUUCUGCAAAUUGCACAGAACAACUGCUUUGAAUAGAAAGAAAAGACUUACUGAGUGACUGCUCCGUUUAUAAGAUAAGCAAGACUAACAGCAAAUUAUUAACUGAUACUUUCACUUAAUCAUAUUAGCUUUCUCUUUGCAGAUCCUGAUUACAGACCGCUUCCCAAAACUUUUUUCCUUCCACAUCUCUUUAUCAUCCGUUAUUAAGAAGCAACACUGAGUAAAGUUGAGUUGGGAUGACUUUAGCCAGUGCAAGUGCAAUAUACCCUAGCAAAGAGAACUAUGCCAAGUCUUGUUUCUCCCUUGAAAACCUUGAGCUCCCAUGAAUGGCAAGCCAAGCAGUACUGUAGCUUCUUGAAUUUAGUGGAGUUGAAACAAUUGCAUCAAGCUUUUGUUUCUUCACUGAGCUGAAUUCCAGUUUUUUAGUGAAGUAUUUAAUAGAAAAGGGCAAAACUGAAACAUCUAUUGCCAUUGCUUAGUGAUCCCUUUUCCCCUUUAAGAAUCAUAUCAAAAGCUUGUAAGUUUCUUUACUUUUAGGAAAACAUACUUUACCAUGUAAGAAGAUUUGAGCAAAUAGCUUUUUAGGAAAACAGUUUACUAGUGGAACACUUGCAAAUAGGUUCUACUUAGAAACAAAAUUGUCACUAUUUGAUACUUUGCUCAAACAAAACAGGUAGGAGAUCUGUUAGUGAUCUCUGGUGCUGUCACACUUUGGAGAAAGUGAAGUGCUCCCUGCCAUGUAACCCUGCGUAAUGCGUGUGUAAGCGUACCGAACUGCGAUACCUCUAUUGAGUGUGACCUCAUUCCAUUGCUGCUAAUUGUCUGGUGGUAACCACAGGUCAUGUGCUGUGAUUUAAGCACAUGUUGGGUUUACAGGUUCAACCACAAUUUUACAGAGUUUUCUUGUUAUUAAGUUGAUUCUCCACCAUCUUUCCAUACUUUCCUCCCCAAUAUUAAGAUGCUCAGGACAUGCACCAGCUGUAGGUUGUAUUGUUAUGCUGCUUUUCACAAGUGGCCUUAUGUGAAUAUGUAAAUGGAGAGUUGUGCUGUUUAACUCCAGCCUUAAUUUUGGUGUCUUGACUCUAGUAUGAAGUAGGCAGAGAGAAUUAUGCUUCUGCAGAUGACAGUUCAGAAAAACAAAAUUAGUUACUCACCUCUCUUUGUUUUAUUUCAGAGAUGUCUACAGUAGAUGUCUGCAGCUACACUAUUUCAGAGAGAGGAUCCUUAGUGCAAAUAAGUUAGUUUGAAUAAGCCACAGAUACAAGUUCUGUGUGUAUUGAGAAUCUUACUGAGAGAGGCUACACUGUACUUGGGAUCCUAUAAAAUAGGACAGUAAUGACUCUAAGCUCGAUAGGAUGUCUGCAGAUAAGGAGAAAUUGUGAUUAUGUGUGUACUAUAUAUAAGAAUGGUAAUAUAGGGAGCAGUGAACACUAUCAUAGAAUGUCCUCAGGCUGCACAGGGAGUUACUCAUAGUUUGCCCAUGAUCCAAUACCACAAAAAUGAGCAUUUGAGGUACUGUAUUAGUCUUAAGUGCCUAGGGUACUGUAGUCUUAAGGUGCUGUGUUAGGAAAACAAAACACAUGGAAUUCAGUAGAAGAGCAUAUUUUUACCAGGGGAGGAAACAGUUUCAUGAAGUUUCCCAAAGGGGUUUGUUAAUCGCUUCUAAAUCAUAGCUUCCUAUUUCAAGCUUCUAUUAGCUUGAGUUGGAAAGAAGCUUCCUUUCUACUGUUAGUAAUGUUGCUGAUGAAAGGAUGAAUGAAUAAAUGACUAAACUUUUAAAUAGAUCAGAAUGACUGUGGUCUGGGACAACACACUGAAAAAAGUACUUAUCUUCCUUCAUGUAGUAGGUCUUAAUAUCAUUUCUGUUUCUGUACUACUCAUACAAAGUAGUACUACAAGACAUGAGCCAGUAACUGAAAUUUUCUCUUUAAGGAUAUUUGAGUAACAAAAAUAAUCAGUACCCACAUACCUUUCUACAGAGGGAAACAUUUUUCUAGCUGUGGCCUAACUUCAAGGUCCAAGGGGUUAAAUGUAUUCUUAGUACUUAAUUUACUGCAACAACAGACUCAACCAAGAAAAAAAGAUGUGUAGGUGCCAAGGAAACUCUCACAAGUUGAAUAAGCUACUAGCCUCUGGGAAUUUCAUCCUGAUACACAUGGUACAUAUUAGGCGCUUUUGUGGGAAAAUUGUAUUUUAUAGAAUGUGAAGGAAAAACAGCAUAAUUCACAAGAUGAUCAGAAUACAAAUGCUUUGUUAAAGGAAUUUUUACUGUAAGCAAAGAGCAGACAAGCAGGAGAUCAAAUUCAGUGGGAACAGGUAAAUUAAAGUUUCAGUUAUACUAUAAACAAUGCAUAAGUGAAUCUUAACCAGCACAGCUGACUAGAAGAAACAUGUAAGCCUUACUGCUUUCUUUAAGGAUGAAGGCAUUUUUCUCAUUUUUACAUAUCCCCAUCAAAGCCAUCCAGUUUCAGCCAAGCUCAACAGAAGAGGUGAAAGUCUUAAGGAUGUUAAGUUUUUUCAUGUUUUAUGAAAAUUGGUAGCUUGUGGAGAGGGGGACAGACCACCGUUAGUGCCACCAGUGAAGGACAAGCAACACAAAGGUUAUACUGGCCUUUUUCACUGCCCCUUUUCUCGACCCGUCAGCCUGGAUACACAUCAGCAGUUGCUAACUCCUGCUCAGAAACAUGGGAGGCUGACUGGUUGUCCUGCCAAGCGAGAAGCUGGAAGACAUCUCUGGAGAGAAGCCUUGGGAACAGGUGAGGAUGUCCAAGGCACAUAGACUACACAUAGUAGUGUUAGUUUUCUCAGCAUGGGACUCAGAAGAUCUAGGGAAGGAUGAGCAGAUUAUGCUUUCUCAUACUUCUUUUCCAGCCUCCCUCAGAGGCAGAAGAGUAAAUUUUGGAUCCCCUUCUUUUGAAUUUCUGCUCUCCAUGUGGUGAGAAGUAUGAGAAGCGAAAGUGCAAGCACAGUUUGUCUAUCUGUUUUUGAUUUCUGAUGAAGCCAGUUAACUGCUGCUGGGAGUAAGAGGAUAAAUGAAGCCCCUUUUAUAGAGGACAUCAGCUUCAACAUGUGCCAUAACUUCAAAAUAUCUCAAUACUAGUAACAUCCAGAGGGAAGCGUACAAAGCAAGAACUUCUCUAAGGGUGAGAAAAAUCACAGUCGAAGAAACAAGGUGGCUGUUGGAAUGUAGAAAGAAUUAUUGGUAACUCCAUAUCCAGAUGUUGCUUGCUAAUGAAAAACUAUCUAGAAGAAUUGUAACCAGAAAAAGUCCUGGAUUAAUUUAAUUUGGUAACAGAUUCCCAGUCCAAAUUCUUAAUCUGAAUGAUUUCCCAGUAGUUUGAGUGUCAAACUAUAACUGGUGCCACCAUUUUUAUUUUGUAUUGUUCUCACUUAAAAGAGUGUAUUGAAAAAGAUCCUUCUUUGUGACCCCUGGGAGCAGACAGUGUGAAAUGAAAGACCUGUCUUAGUCCAAAGCAUUUAAGUAAAAAAUAAAGGGUUGGUUUAGAAAUCUGCAAUAAGCAGCUCCUGUCUCCUUCAGUUGUUAAAUUAAGUUGCUUUCACGGGAGUGAGAUAUUAGUGAAGCUUUUAUGCUGUUUCCCAAAGAACAUUGUCUUUAGUCACUACCUCUGUUCUAGGAGAGGCAUUCAGAACAGAGUUUAUUCUGUGCCCUCUGAACUCCCAGCCACAAACUGAGGGGCUAAGAAUGUGGAAAAAAAAUUUAUAUUUAUAUAUAUAUAUAUAUAAAUAAUUGUUUUAAGGGGACCCUUUAAGAUAGGAGGGACAAGCCAAAGGUUGGUUAGCCAUGGACUGGGGAUCUUAGUGGAGGUUUAGUGUCCUGGAUAAGCUGUAUGGAUUGACCUGAAGUCCAGACAUCACAUUUCCUACCCAACUGUAUAAGGAUAAGAUGUACUGGUGGCUGUGAGGUGUUCAGUGUGGAGAGGUGAAGGUUCUCUGAAUAUGUAGAAGGGACAUAGCUGUAUGUUUUUGGCUAUUCUUCAAGAAGCAGCAGUGGCAGAGUCAGAAGUAUGGAUUUUUGUCCAUCCUUGUAUAUUUUUCUGUGAGGGAACUUGGUUGAGAGUUGAGAAAAGAGCAGGAAGUGUUCAAUACAGGUCAACAUAGAUGUGUAAGGUUGUUUUUUUCUGUAGCUCCAUGGAAAUGAUCCAUUUAUUUUACUGUGUCGAAGCCAUACCUCAAAGUCUCUGCCAAAUGUGUAGGUCACUGACAGACAAAGCUUGGAAAACUCUUGUACUGUAAAAGCAGUCAGUAUGGAUAAAAAGGUGAAAAUUGUGUAAUUCAAUAGUUACAAUAUUUACGUUAACAUAACAAAGGAGAUCUAUCACUUUAACUUAGCAAGCAUAUGUGUUUUCCACAAGUGAGGAAUAGGCUUUAAUGGAAACACUUUCACAAGUUCUUUUCUGCAGGUUCACAGGCCAAAUGAAGAGUUUAAAUAUAGAACUAUGUUGGGCCUGGUGUAUUGUUCGAUAGAAAUAUCAAGGGGUUUUACAUUGAGUAGUAUCUUAUUUAAAACUUCUUUAACUGUGUUGCAGGUGUAAGCAGGUUGCUAAUGAAACAGCUAAAUGUUGCUAUACAGAGAGGUAUUAUUAGCAGAAGAAAUAACUUGAAAGGGAUGUGAAGUUCAAGUGUGGGAGGAAAGGUAAAAAUAACAAAAUAAGGCUUACCUAAAGCUAAUAUCUAAACUCAAAGUGGCAAGAAUUAAUUGUAGGGAAAUACCUAGGAAUUAGAUCUGGGAAGGAGUGAGGCAGGCUGAGAAGCUCAUAAUAAGCAGCAAAUAUAUUGGAUUGUGUUGGGUAUCUGUAGAAACAGAAACAGCUUCUGCAGUAUCUUCAGGAAAAAGCACUGCAGAAUAUAGUGAGGAGAGAAGUGACUCCAGCCUUGCUGCAGGGAGGCGCGGACAGUUGCUCUUCCUUCAGGGCUCUACUGCGGGAGACCGUGGGCGGAAACGUGUAGAAAGAGGAAGGAAUUGCCCCCUGGAGGGGGACCACAGAUUUUAAUGUUUGGUCUGUUAUUAAAAGGAGACAGUUUGCCUUGCAGAGUCUGGUGCUUUUAGAAGGGCUCGCCUAGUGAGACUGGUUUCAUUGCUCUACAUUAGAUAUUACCUGGAUAUAUUCAGAGUUUUCUGUUCUUGUUACUUAUGCUUUACUUUGUAGCCAGAGAUCUGUUGCUUAAGAAGGGUAAGAUUAGUAGUUUUUCUCAAAACAAAACAUACAGUGUUAUGUUAUAUGUUGGUUACCAGCAUGAAAUCUGAGGUUAGGUAUCAAGAAUCUGUUUGAUAGCCCCAUACAAUCUACUACAAAGAAAUUGAACUCCAGUGAAAACCAGCCUUGGUUACCUAGAGGCUUUAAGGUUAUCCUGAGGAGACCGCUUCCACUGCCACUGUGUUUUCAGAUCUGUAAAUCCAUGCUCGGAUGUCUGAGGUCUGAAGUGCGGUGUGUUUGGUGCCAGAGACAACUAGCUUUGCAGGAUUGCUGCUGUGAAGCAUCUUAAAAGAUGGGACUAAAAUCAGAAAGAUGCUCUAAUUGAUAAUGUGCUGCUGUCUGUAAGUUGUGUAAUUCCAGUGGCAUUGAAUUAUCUUUGUCAUAUUCUUGCAUUUCUGUUUGUUUCCUAUAGCUGCUGUAUAUGUUUAUGUGGGCUUUACUGUGUCUGUGAAAGUAAUUACAGGUUUGAAGUACUCAGGUGCUCUGUGUUCAUGAACAGAUAUGGUAAAUAGAGCUCAAAUGGAUUAGGUGGUUUAAAGGACUGACAGUUGCAAAGCAAUAUUUCCCAGCACUUACUGCUCAGUGUCCUCUUAAGGUAACUGCUGUGUUCUGAAGUCACAGUAAUUGGUACUUAUUAUUGGGAAGUAUUGUGGAAAGCUUCUGGUGUGAGAGAGAGUUCACGCUAAAAAUUGAGAUAAAUUAUUCUCAUCUGUUGCUGUAAGGCUUCACCUAGGGCAUUGUGAAAGGGUAUGUGUAUUCAGUGGUGUCUUGACUCGUUACUUUUUGCAUGUUUGUUUGAAGCUGUGUCAAUGACAUUUAUGAGCAUGUGCUCACGCAUCCUAAUUAUGUUAUCUGAACAAAGUGUGUCGCAGAUUUAUUUUAACUCUUCAUUGUGGUGUUACAGUUCUUGCUUUUCAACACUGCUUUGAGGUUUCUCAACUUUUCUGAUUUUUCUGUUCUGUUUUUAAAGGGAUGAGGAGAAGAUAAAACUUCAUAAGUGUUACAGCAAUUCAGUUACCCAGAGUAAUUACUGUUACACAGCAGAAGAGCAGAUAUAUAAUUACCUGAAAUAGCCAGUCAUCCAGUUUAGAGAUCGCCUUGACUUCUUACAUUCAUAAGUAGGUUAUUGUACUAAGUGAUAGGUACUUAAAAUGGAAGUACAGUUUAAAUGGUGUCCUUUUAAAAUUUAUAUUAUGUUUCUCUAUACAUUGAUUUCCAUUUGUUAUUACCUUUUGAGUGUAGGAAGUUCUCUAGAAGUUGUCAGCUCAUGGCCUGGAUGGGUGUGCUCUUUGGAUAAAGAACUGGCUGGAGGGCCAGGCCCAAAGAGUUGUGGUGAAUGGAGCCAAAUCCAGUUGGUGCUGGGUCAUGAGUGCUGCUCCCCAGGACUCAGUAUUGGGGCCAGUUCUGUUUAAUCUCUCUAUCAGUGAUCUGGAUGAGGGGAUCGAGUGCACCCUCAGUAAGUUUGCACAUGACACCAAGUUGGGUGGGAGUGUUGAUCUGCUGGAAGGUAGGAAGGCCAUACAGAGGGAUCUGGACCAGCUGGGUCAUUGGUCUGACGCUGAUUGUAUGGGGUUUAACAAGGCCAAGUGCCGGGUCCUGCACUUGGGGCAGAACAACCCCAGGCAGCGCUACAGGCUCAGGGAAGAGUGGCUGGAAAGCUGCCUGGAGGAAAAGGACCUGGGGGUGUUGAUUGACAGCCGGCUGAACAUGAGCCAGCAGUGUGCCCAGGUGGCCAAAAAGGCCAAGAGCAUUCUGGCUUGUAUCAGGAAUAGUGUGGCCAGCAGGACUAGAGAAAUGAUUUUGCCACUAUACUCGGUGCUGGUGAGGCCCCACCUUGAAUCCUGUGUUCAGUUUUGGGCCCCUCGCUACAUGAAGGACAUGGAGGUGCUGGAGAGAGUUCAGAGAAGGGCAGUGAAGCUGGUGAGGGGUCUGGAGCACAAGUCUGAUGAGGAGUUGCUGAGGGAACUGGGGCUGUUUAGCCUGGAGAAAAGGAGGCUGAGGGGAGACCUUUUUGAUCUCUACAACUACCUGAAAGGAGGUUGUAGCAUUAUUUUAUCUGUGGUAGAGCUUAACAGUGUCUGGUGCUUAUGAUUGUUCUUGAAAGAAAAAUUGGAUUAGAUAGGGCACUUCUUGCUCAGAAUAUUAUUUUCAGUCUGUCUGUUUUCUGCUCUUGACUAAAGCAAAAUGUUUGCUCUAAGGAAAAGAUGCUGUUAAUUUUUCGUUUCCUCAAAGUCUGCCCUGGAACAGAAGGUGGUUUUAUCUUUUGUGCUGACCUAAGAGAAAUGUAAACAGUCGGGGAGAAUCAAGAAUGUUCAUUGUCUACUCUUAUGUGGACCAUAAACCAGUGUAAUUGUUUUUUAUGAUGCUGUUAGUUGUGUACAUAAGUAAAUAUUCCUAAUAAAGUAACAUCAGGGUGUUUUGGAAGGUAGUAGUUCUAAAAAUAGGGGGGUUUUACUAUGUAUAUUUUCAAUAUCUGUCCUUUUAUUACUUCUCUUAGUCCUUCUUUUAAUUAUGUUUACCAGGUUUUGCUUGAAGGACUGUUAGAAGUGAAUCAGAGAUCAUGAGUGUGUCUCAUACCUCAAAACCUGCAAAAAGCCUAUUUAUCCAUUCCUACAGGUGACAGCUGUGUGACUGAUCUGUUGUAUCUCUUUUAACAUUUCCUGUCAUCUCAGUCUAUCUCAAUGGCACUGCAUAUUGACAUGCAGUAUCCUGGCAAACAGCCACGGAAGUAAUUUUAGUUUCUGGAGCAUGCGGCUGAAUUACUGCUGCUAACAGCAAUUGGUUCCUGAAGAUGGAGGUGGAAGUUGGGUACUGGAGUGAAAGCCUUCUCCUCACCCUGCUCUGCCUCAUGGUUCUCUGAACCUUUCAGCUGUGGUGCUUGUACUGGUGCAUGUUACUGCCUUUGCUUCAGGUUUUUGUACUUUUGAACACUGAGUCUUCAGAGCUUCAAUUUUAUUAUUGUUAGUGUUUUCUUUGAAUUAUAUUGGGUUAUGUGUGUGUGUAGGAUUCUUGAAAGCCUAUUCAGCAUGAGGCUGCGAAUGGACAUAUUUCUGACAUCGUGACCUUGUUACUGAAAAAAAAAAAAGGGGGUUUUCUUGUUGUUGUGCUCAUUUCUCUUAGAUGACAGAGUAAUUAGAAGUAGCCCUUAGUACAGCUGGUUGCAGGAAGCAGUGGGGAGGUCAUGGUGCAGAAGAGGAGACUGAGGGGUGAUCUUAUUAAUUUUUAUAAAUAUACAAAGGGUGAGUGUCACGAGGUUGGAGCCAGGCUCUUCUCGGUGACAAACAAUGGUAGGACAAGGGGUAAUGGGUUUAAACUGGAACACAAGAGGUUCCACUUAAAUUUGAGAAGAAACUUCUUCUCAGUGAGGGUGACAGACACUGGAACAGGCUGCCCAGGGGGGUUGUGGAGUCUCCUUCUCUGGAGACAUUCAAAACCCACCUGGACAUGUUCCUGUGUGACCUCACCUAGGCGUUCCUGCUCCGGCAGGGGGAUUGGACUAGAUGACCUUUCGAGGUCCCUUGCAAUCCCUAGCGUUCUAUGAUUCUAUGGGUGGUGUGGAGCAAGGAGAUGGUCCUGGGUGCGGGACCAGGCCAGGCGCAGGCUGCCUAUUUCUGCUGCUGCCGGAGAGGAUGUGGAGUGGCAGAGGUUCAGCCCUUGCAUGCUGUGAGCUCUGCCUGCAGCAAGAAGUACGAGGGUGUAUGCGGGUUACAGCAGUCACAGAGCCCUUCCUGAAAGGGAUGGGUAGACCAGAGCAGCAUUGGCACAGGAGAACCCCCUUCCAGUGUCUGCAGCCCCAAAAUUACAGCCUUGUGAUACUGCUUGGUCAACUUGUGGGCCAAGUGAAGCUUUUCUGCCAUUGUUCCAUCUUCGUUUCUGUUUGUGCUGAAUAAGGAGGUGCUUUAUAGCCACUCCUUACUGUUCUUUUGAAGAGACAGUGGUCUUAACUUGAUGACUGCAAUUAACAGGUUGCUGUCCUUGGGUCAAGGUUCUCCCUAGAAGGCUGCAGUUGCUGAUAAGUCUCCAAAAGGGCCUGAAGACUCCUGUGUAACCUGCCUGCAGUGCAGCUACGGUAAAUGGCAGCUGAGCACCGUGUUGGGAAAAGGGAAAAAAAAAAAAAAGUAGGGAAGGGAGGUGUUUUAGCAGUCAGUUUUCAUGGUAUGUUUUCUGCCUUGGGAGUUUUAUCUUGGGUUGAAAGACAAAGACAAACAGGUGCUGUAAAAAUGAGGCAGGCAGACUUGCGCCUGCUGUUUGGCCCUGUUUCAUGCUUACCUGUUUGAAAUUAAAUUAAUAGGAACAUCUUAAAUGUAAAAACAAACAUCAUCUGUCUUUGAUAUAGCAUGAUAUUUUAAAAACAUCUGAUUGGUGGAAAGAUGUCUUACCAAAAGCAUGCAGUAAAAUGAGUGAGGAAGCUUGCUUUGAAUUCUCAUCAUUAGCCUCAUGUGGCUACCUGUUCUCCUCUUCUCUCAAAAUGUCAAACAGCUGAAUAGUAUAAUUUUGUGAUCAUUACCUGCAUGCCAGCAUAUAUAACAUCUGCAUUACCUGCAUGUAAACAGUGCUCUUAGGCUGUGUUUAUGCCUGGAGCAUACAUUUACAUCAUAUUAAUCAUGUGUUUGCACAUGGACUUCAAAUCUUUGUACUUCAGGCUAUUUUUGGUUAUAGAGCUUUGUAUUGCAUUAAUGUAAACACAUUGUAUAAGUAAUUGUUCCAGCCUUAAUGGUGCACUUCUGUAGUUUUAAGCUCAAAUCAUAUUAAUAUGUCAGUGUUUUUCUUAGGAUAGCAUACUUUAUUGUAUUUUCCCAUUUGCUAAUGAACGGUGUUAAUAAAAUGUGCUUGAAGAUAUUUUUUUCUCUUCCUUCUUAGUUCCACUCUCCAGUUAUUAAAAUAACUGUGAAAUUUAGUCUAGCCUUCAUGAUCUUAUGUUCAGCUUCUCUGAACAGCAUCAGGAAAACUUUCACGUGGACCAUGGAAGCAAAAUCUGUUUUGUUUUACAGUAUGUUAAAUGUGAAGAAAGAACCAUUGUAAUUAAUAUUGCAAUACUUUUGUAGGAAGCAAAUUCCUGCUGACCUGAGUUAAAAUAUACUGCAGUCAGUCUGCAGGCUUCAAAGGGCAGUGAAGUUACAUAGUGGGUUUUUUCCCUCCAUGUGCAAAAUGCUAUUGUGACAGAUAAAUAAUGAGGAUGUGCUAACUCCAUUGAAUUACUACUGUCUUGCUCCUAAAUACUAGUUAAUAUUAUUUCAAAUACAAACUCUGUAUUUAUUGUGAACAGUAACUGAAUUAUGUUCCUUUCGUGAACAUGUGACCUUAUCCCGUCUCAGUUUCUUAGUUUUAAAUACUUCGGUUCAUGUUCUGUGAAGUUCUCUGUUACUUGGCUUUAGCUGGAGAGUGCUGAUUCAGUCCAGGAGCUGUUCUAGCCGUGCAGAAAUCCACUUGUUUUUGUUGCUGGAAGUACUUAUGGGUUUGGUUUUUAAUUGUCAUUUAAAAAGUCAGCUGCAUUUAUGAUGACUAGUCAUAACGAUGAAUGGUGAGUGCUGUAGCAGAUUUUUUCUUUGCUUCUGAAUAUUAACAGAAGUUCUACCAGGCUGCACUACAGGCACAGAUUCUCAGCUCUUGUGUCUUAAUACAAUGGAAGGAUUUGUACUGACUUUGAGCAUGGGGCGGCAGUCAGCUUUUCUGUUUUUAAGCGGUCCCAGAUGGGGAGACUUACCUUAUCAAGGCUGCUGCAAACACAUAUUUCAUGUGACACUGUUCUUUAAAGGAGAAAUGUUCCGACGUUUUUCUAAGUUACCAUAUAGGCUCCACAGCCGUACAAAUAGAUUGCAUUUACUUGAUCAUUAGUGAAAUAAAAUAACCACAAAGAACUGAGAGGUGUGAUGGAAAAGUUCUUAGCCUUGGUUUGCAUUUCAACAGAAAAAGUUUGACAUCAUUGGAACACAAAGUACUUUUGAUAACCCUGAAAAUAUUUAUUCCCAGUUUGAUCUUUGCAUAGGAUAAUGAAGUUAAAAUAGAGAACUAGGUAACUAGGUAUUUAUUUUACUUUCUCAAGUGCGUGUCUGGAACUUAAGAAAAAAUAUUCUCUGUGCUGUCUUUUACUGAGCGGAGAGAAAUAUGUGGUUAAUAACCAGGACAGAAAUUACUUCAAAUCCUGCAACUGUGGGACCUGUUUUCCUUAGUAAAAGAGAGAAUCCCAAGGGCUGUGUUUGUUACACAUCUAUGAAAAUACACUGAUGUACAAUUACUGAGAAUUUUUAUUACUUAAAAAAUAGUGAUGGUAUCUACAGGACAAAUUGAUGUUUGCAGUCAAAGUUUCCAAUGCUGUAUCUAGUGUUUUUUCCACAAAAAAGAAAAAAAAAAAAAAAAAAAAAAAAUCUGUUUUACUAUGUUAAUAUCCAGACAGCCUUAUUUGCAGUUCACUUGUGAGGGAUCUUUCCUGUUCAAGGGUUUUCUUCUUUUGCUUCAGUGGUGUCGUUUUCCAAGAAAGUCUUGUAGACUGGGUACUUUCUGGAAGUCUUUUACUCUGAUCCAUUGAUACCUGGCAUAUAUGUAUAUAUAUAUAUAUAUUUUUUUUUUUUUUUUCAACAGUCUUUUGAGAACCACUUCCUGUUGGGGUAAAAAUAAAAUCUAGAAUGGAAAGGUGAAAUGUCGUGCAGGAAUAACUUUAGUUUAAAUUUUAUUUUUUUAACUUCUCUCAUUCCCGUCUUAGCUGGAGGAAACCUGGGGGAGCAGACAGUAGGAGUGGGAACCGUGAACUGUGAAUUGCCUUAGACAUCUCCGUUAAGGAUUGCUGUUUGCGUGUGCAGUGCGGAACAUAGCUGAGUAGUUUCCUGUGCCCUUCAGUCAAGAGGAGUGGCUUCUGUACCAUCUGUGACAUGUGCUGGGGUCAGAAAGCUUGCAGGUACCUGAUUAUCUUUUGAUGUCUGCAUAUGGUGGGGCAGUCAAGAGAAGUGCUCCUCCUCCUGGAAGUCCUGGAAAAGGUGGGAAAACACAGUUUAUUGAUAGUAUGGCAUUUCAAGGUCCCGUGGAUGAUUUGCUGUCAGCCCGUGUUGCUCUAGAAUCUAGCAUGUGGGGAGGAGCUUUUAAAUCCUUUCCCCCACUUCUCGCACUUCAGCAAAGCUGGAAAAUGCUAGACAAAUAAGUUGUGUGAAUUUCAACUGUGUAAGUUUACAGAAGAGGGAGCUAUCAAGUUAAGGUAGCCUUUGCCUGUCCUCUGGCAGUACAGAUUGCUUUCUUCUUCACAGUUAAUGAAUGAAGGUAGGUUCUUUCCUGUCCGCAGCAUGCGUACAUUAAAUGAGCUUGUAUGGCAUUAUGAAAUAGUGAGGAUACCUUAGGUCCCUCUUCUAAUUUCAACAGUUUAUGUCAAAAUACUUAGUAAUUGUGCUUUGGUAUUUUAUAUGUACUGCAAUAAAUAAAUAAAUAAAUUAGUAAUUCCUGAAUCUGUUCAAUUUACAGUUUCAUGUUCUCAAUUGUUUACUGCAGAUAGUAAAUGUGCUCUGAGAAUUAGUGUAAGAAACCAUUCCUUUACUAAAAAAUUAUUGACAGCACUGUAAAUGUGAAAGUGCAGGUUGUUCCACCUGAAUCAGAAGAUAUAGGAAGCUCAUUACUGUGAACUCAAAAUCGUGUGUUCAAGGUUUACUACCAUCUUUGUGUGCUAAGAGGAAGAAUUAGGAAGGCAUAUGUGGCCUUUUAACUGUGUAAAAAAAAAAAAAAAAAAUAAAUGCAGCAGCCCCUCCCCCCAACAAACAAACAAAACCCAAACCAAACCCAAACCAAACAAAAAGAAAUCCAAACAAACUUAGUCUUUCUUAGUCUAUUUUUGUUCACGAUAAGAAAUUUGAUCAUGAGUGAGUGGAUGUUUACUACUCUCUCUGCUGGUUUUUCAGCAACGUUUAAAGACCAGUGCAGAGUUAAGUACUACGGUAAGACCUGGAUUUGGAUAACCUUGUUGGGCAUGACAGAGGUUUUUUCCCCUUCCCUGCCCUCCUGGCCCUCCUGUCUUGCAUAUGAGUUUGAUCUCAGUUGAUGAAGUCUUUAUCACACAGUCAGGGAGUGAACACAACAGACAGAAAAUGUCACUGGAAAAGUUAGUGUUCACUUUAUUUAAAAGGUUAUAAGCUGUAUCUUGCCAUCCUAUCCAGCUCACAGAAGUGGUGGGAAUCUGGGUAUUCAGUAUGUAGGGCAGGGAGCUCAGUAUGAUUGUAAAUGCAAUGCUGAAAGGUCAGCCUUAGUUCUCUUAGUGCCCUUUGUGGCUUUACUUCAGGGUUGUAUCUGUUUCAUGAAAUACUUGUCAGCAUAAGGUGUUAAUUAAUUGGGAAUUCCUUAUUCCUCGUGGAGGAAGUACUGUUUAAUCUGCACUCAAAUUGGUAAGUUUUGCUAGAUUUUGUUAGAACCUGCCUCGCAAUUUGUUGGUACUAAUGUCUGAGAUGUGCCUGAAGGUGGGACAUAAUGGACCUGUUCUCUUCCUGGCUCUUUUUGUGUAGAGUCCAAGUACCGGAGCCCACCAGCUGUGAAGGUGAGCUACUGACUAGCAGAGUCAAAGAGCUUUUACAGAAAUGAGAGCUGGAUGUUUAAAGCUGACCUUAAGGAGGGAUUUGGUACCACUGUCUGCCUUCCGCUGAAAGUGAAUUCUACCGAUUUGUUGUGGGGCUUCUUUUAACGCACGUUGUGCUGAAUUGAAGGAAAAGUUGGUCAAAGGGUGAGCAAAUUAUAGGCAAGAAUCUAUAAAAUACCAGUAUUAAAAAGUUAUGAUUAAACCAGGUCUUAUUAGAAAGCUUUAAUUCCUCCAAGCACCCACUUGGUUUAUCCUGCAAGGUGCACAAAAUAUAUGUCAAUCAUUACAGUCAUUUUUCUGCGUCUUUCUGAUGUUGUGUCAGCAUCUGCCUAAAUGGAACUUCAGCCUUUCCUUAGUUCUUCGGACUGCAUUUUUAAGAAAGGAAAAAUCUAUUCACAAUGAAGUGUUUAACAAUGUUGGAGUGGCAAAUGAGUCUCACGUUAAAGCUUUUGAAAAGGACAGGUCCUACUAGAAUUUUGUUACUGUUAUCUCCCAAGUCUUCAGUGUGGUCACUGCUACUGAAGUUUCAUCAUCAUGGCUUGAUUUGCAUCAGUUCCCUUGGUGUCUGUUACUGUCUGAUGCAACACAUGGGAAGGCAUGUGUGACUACAACAAAAGAAAAAUCAGUGCUUCACUUAUAAAAUAGAGAAGCAAAACAUUUGCAAUAAAAGAUUUAAGGCAUUUAUGUGACCUGUGUAGAAAGCAUCUUCCACUGACAAAUAGGGGACAGAUAAUUUACUACUCAUAAAUUCCUGUCCUGACUUGCUGUGAUCUUUGGUAGCUCUUCAUGCUUUCCUUUAAAGAUAUCCAUUGGUAUCUUGCAGUUGGUCUCUGGAAGGCAUGUUUUGUUAGAGGAACAUUUCAAUAAUUUUUAUCUGUGAGUUACUGUACUUGCAUGUAUUAGAAGGUUGGUUCAAAAUGAACAGAUCAUCAUAGCCAGUAUGUUUCUGACUAUUCCUGUUGUUUGUGAAGUGUUUGUAAUACAGCUGGGAUUGCAGUUGAGUGUCUAAAUAGUGCUUUAUCGGGGGUAGUUAGGUGACAGUAUACUGUAGGUGAGCACCUGAGAUGUGCACAGUACUGGAAGCCAGUACCUGUGCAGUUAGCUGCAUGUGUCUGUACGUGUGUGUGCUCCUCUAGCAUUACAGAAAAAUGGCAUUCCAGUAUGAGAACUACUUCUAGUCCUUAGACCUUAGCCUUCUUACUCUUAACUUUUAUACCUUUCUCCUUUCCCUCUGUCAUUUAACAGCUUUUGUGGUCUUUUAGUUUUAUAGAAUCAUGGAAUCACUUUGGUUGGAAGAGACCCUUAAGAUUGAGUCCAACCAUAACCUAAAUCUAGCACUAAACUGUGUCCCUAAGAACCUCCUCUAAGUCUUUUAAACACCUCCAGGGAUGGUGGCACCACCACUUCUCUCGGCAGCCUGUUCCAAUGCUUCACAACCCUUUCCGUGAAGACCUUUUCCUAAUACCCAAUCUGAACCUUCCCUGACGCAACUUAAGGCCAUUUCUCCUCAUCCUAUUGAGGCGAGGAAAUGACCUUACAACCCUUGGGACUGUAAAGAAUGUAUGUAUUUACACAGCGCAGGACACACGGGGGAUAACUCUGCCCAAGAUGUGUGUAAAAUUACAGGAGCUGUGAGCUUGGUUAAAUGCAGUAAAGUGUUACAUAUUCAUUAAAGUUUUUAGGAACGCCUAUACAUAUUCAUAACCUGUCCCCGAGAAGGCGGUUCUUAUUACAAUGAGUUCUGGGAGACCAUUUCCAUAGUCUCCACCUCUGAUUCCUCUUGGUUGCAGCUGCGCAGUGGCCGUGAACCUGGGUCCUCUUUCUCUGUACACGGUCACCCUUGGUCCAGUGUGAUGAGUUGGUUAGGACUCAGACUGCUGAGUUGGUUAAAACUGGGGUAUCUCCUGUCCUGUGCCCAAGUUUCUGUUAUCUAGUUCACCCAAGGAUGCACCCAAGGAUUAUUAUUUUUGCAAGGCGUCAGCAAACUCCUGUUUCUCGUACAAUAAAUUACACAAAUCUAAGUGAGGCAAGGCAAUAGUAAUGUGAGUUAAAGGGUUAGUUCUCUGUUAGCUCUUUAAGUCUUUUAAGUGUUAGUUUGUAAGCAUUAAUUAGUUAAUUCUUAGUUAAUUGUUAAUUCCCUGUAUCACUAUGAGUUGCUACUUGGGAGAAGAGACCAACACCCUCCAUGCUACAACCUCCUUUCAGGUAGUUGUAGAGAUCAAAAAGGUCUCCCCUCAGCCUCCUUUUCUCCAGGCUGAACAGCCCCAGUUCCCUCAGCCGCUCCUCAUCAGACUCGUGCUCCAGACCCCUCACCAGCCUCAUUGCCCUUCUCUGAACUCUCUCCAGCACCUCCAUGUCUUUCUUGUAGUGAGGGGCCCAAAACUGAACACAGGAUUCAAGGUGGGGUCUCAGUGGCACUGAGUACCGUGGGAUGAUCACUUAUGUAGUCCUGCUAGCCACACCGUUCUUGAUGCACGCCAGGAUGCUGUUGGCCACCUGCGCACAUAAGUCCAAGCUCCUAUACAAUAUUCAAACAACUUUUGCUAUAGUUAGAGCUGUGUUUGAUCUAAGUUCCCGUCUGUGGUCUCAAGCAUACCAGUGUUACUACUUGUUACAGCAAUAUUCACCCUGAAGUAUAAUGAAACAUGGCGAACAGAAGGGAUGCUACAAAAUUGUGUCGCAUAAACUCCUGUUUCGAUUUCAAAAUUGCACCUAAGACUGCUUUAAGGGACUGGUGUAUCUGUGUUUAUCAAAUGCAUUUGCAAAUACCUAAGACUAAAGCUUUCACUUAUGGAGAGAGAUUAUUCUACAUUCUGAUAAAGAUACAAUAACAGUAUGGUAUCAUGAACUUCUUAUAUUGCCUUAGGUUGGCAGCAAAAACCCCAGCUUAUUCUGUGUCCAGUGGGCCUAAAUAAAUCUGCAUAGUUUUGCUUUUCUUUUUACUUAUCUUCUGCUGGCCCUACAGUUCUCAUGAGAAGAGACAUGGUUAUAACUGGUUUGUAAUUCUGCAUAGUGCUGGCUGCUUCUCCCCGCAAGCUGGUGAAAAUGUCCUCUAGAACUGUCUUCUCACUGCAGGCACUAAUUUUUAACCGGAUAUGUAUGAAUCUUAGGGCCCUAAUGGUUGUAGAGACUGUAUUGAAGUUGGACUACCUAGUCAAAAGGUGUAGGACAGGGGGAGGAAAUGUGUAGUGAUCAUACAAGCUGUUUCACAGGAAAAAAAGAAAAAAGGAUGAAAAUAAUUAAGUCUUAAGGAUACCAUUGUGCAAGAGGCUUUGUUUAUCUGGUGCUCAAAAUGCGUUUCUAGGUGCCACUUCAGAGGAGAGGAGCAGUCACAGGGGAAAUGCCUCUGUCCCUCCGGAUGAGGAGCAAAUUGUUUGUCUGCUUAUCUGCCUGGUCUAGCGUAGCUGUGUUUGUGUGUGGUUGGUUUAUUUAUUUAUCUAUUUAUUAACGAGCUUUGAGAAGCCUGUUAUGGUUUCCAGGCGUUCCCUUCAAAAAUCACUCCUUCCUAGUUCCUGUUAUUGAUGUAGCUCUGUUGAUCUAUACCUGUAAUUUGGUUUUGUUUGUCUUUUCCUUUUCUACUACAGUCUUUGUUUCCUCUCAUUUUUUUUUUCCUCUCUGCCUUUUCUGUGGUUCACCUCUCUUGCCACUUCCCUCGCCUCGACUCAACAAACAGUGCUAGCAGGAUGGUUGUCUGUCGGCUUGGCUAAACCACGCAUGUCACUGCAGCCCUGCUUACUACUUGUGACAGUUCAACGAAACAAAAAGACUUUAUACCAGUGAGUGUUGGUUCACAGUGCACAGAGAUGCUGUUUCUGCCAGUACAUGUAGUAGUGCUUUCCACAAGAACAGUGAGGAAGAUGUAAUAUCUUUCAUUAUAAUUGCAGUCUACAUGUAUGCAAUAGCAUGUGUCUUUGCUCAGUCACUUUUUUUUAAUCUCCUCAGGAAGGUUUCAUUCACGAGGUUGUAGAAUUUUCAUUCUAUUGAAAGACCAUCUUUCAGUUUAGGAAGGCACCCACAGCAGUUUUCUUGUGAUUAAGUGGUUUAUAACCCAUCACCCAAGUUUCAACAAAGCCUGCAAGUGUAACAGACUUUGUUUUCAGAACUGUAAUGUGAAACUUUGACAAGGUACUAUUCAGCGUGGCUAACAGCUGUGUAAAUCUGAAAGAAGAGAGAUUUGAAGGAGAGAAUGAAAAAUAUUUAUGCUGACAGUUUGUUCUGCACCAAUUAAGUGCUCAGGAAGAAGUUGACGUGAUAUUUAUUUUUUUUAAAAAAAAGGUGAUUUGUGACUUGUCACAGAGCCUGGAAUCUCUGUAACAGUUAAUGUAUUAUUACAAGUCUGUAAAGUUCCUGUCUGGAUAAAUAUCUGCUGUCUAGUCUCUCUCUGGUUAUAUAUGUAUUGGAUUUCAGUCUUCUGAACCCUGUGUAAUACUUGGAAACCUUUCUCCAAUUGUCUCCUGAAGGCAGAGGAGGAGCAGGAAGGCUUCUCUGUCUUUGACUGAAAAAGUUGUCAGUAUGUAUUACUGUAAUCUGUCACUGUGCUUAACUAGGGCUAUUGUAUUUACAUUUUUCAAAUGCUGGCAAGUCUUCUUAAGGGAAGAUGUGUCAAUAUAAACUGAAAUACUACUUCUGGGAGAUUCUAACACAAAAUGCUCAGUUUCCAUCUUAAAAGCUUAGCAUGUCUGAAACCACCUCUCAGAUUUGACCUAUCAUUGUAACACUUCAAAUUCUUUCAAAUCCCACUUCGUAAACUAUAUGUCCUCUUUUUUUUUUUUUUUCCCUGCCAAGAAAAGCAAACUAUAUUCUAUAGCUGCAAGAGGAUGGUGUUGCAGAUUAUUCUUUCUCCAGUUUUGUCAACCUUUUCCUUUCCCUUUCCACUGAUUACAUGAAGUGACCUGGGUAGUGAUAACAUUAGGUGAGCACAGACUUGGAAUCUUCCUCAUCCUUGAGGUCCCUGUGUGGGUUUGAUGUUAGCAAACCAGGAGGAGAAUGGCAAGGUAUUAGGAGAAAAUUCUGCUUUGUUCAUUUACUUGGGGAUUAACCAAGCUAGCGUGUCCUAAGAAGUCUGAUGUACUGAUCGAACUAUUGAGAAUGUAGCAGAAGCUAUAUUCCUGGAUGUGUCUGAUGGGACUUGCCAUGUUCUCAGGAUGAUAGAGGGUGGUUAGUGCCCAUCUGUGGUGCUUUGCUAGAAAGAAUAAUUUUGGUAUUUAAGCCCUGCACAGUUGAUCGCAAGAUGCACUUUUUGUAAAGUAUAAUUUAAGUUACACUCAAUACUGUUGCAUGAGCAGACAGCAGGCAAUUCUGAAAAGAGCACGCAUCUUAACUAAUGAUCCAUCUGAGAGUCUGAAUUUUUUUUUCAGUCAGCAAGUUUGAUAGAGCUUGAGCAAAUGUUUCUGAAUAAGUCAACCCUUUGCAUCAUUCUACCAGUCUGCAGUAGAGAAACUGUCAUUGUCUUAUGAUGUCACUAGAGAUGGUAGCGUGUAUGACAUGAAUUGUCAUACAUAUCAAUGCAGCAUUUGGAAGCAUCUGAGUUGAUGCUGCAGGGAGACAUGUGGUUUCUCAAACUCAUCUUGACUUUAUGCUUAUUUGUUACAUGGGCAUGAAUUUUGUAAUGAGGUUGUCACGCAACCUGACUGGAGAAGAAAGCGGUGCCUUCUGUCCCAGGUUCUAUAACAACCUGCUUUUUGUCACUGGCUGGAGUUGGUAGGCUAUUGCCACUUUCUUCAGAGAGCUCAUGUUCAAUACAAUGGGGAUUUCAUAUAACUAAAAGCCCUUGCAUUAAAAUAAAAACUUGAAGGAGAAGAUUGCAUAUUGGAGCUGGUAAUACUCACUGUCACCCUAAAGUCUGAAUUCUGUAGGGCAGACUUGGAUACUGUUUUAACAUAGUACAAUAGUUAACCUUCCUGUGGUUCUCUACUGUAUACUGGAAUGUUGUGUUCUGUCUCCUCUAUCCCUAGCAAUGCAGAUUUCAAAUUUAUUAGCAUUAGUUCUAAUUCAAUUAAUUAUUUUAAAUUACAUUUACUAAAACUAGGAUUUUUUUAGUAUUAAGUUAUGAAUACAUGAAUGGUAGCACUUCUGCUUUUUACAUGUUUAACUCUUUCUGGGUCGAAUUCUGUAUGUUUUCCAUUCCCAGAACAAACCUUGGCUGCUGUUGUGGGUACUCAGUGGGUCCACCUGCUGUUGAAGUCUCUGGUUGCUCUGCUUUAGCAGUAGUCUGAAAGGACUGGAAAAUAAAAGAAAUUAAAUAUUUCCUAUCCCUAAACUGUAAGUUGUAUACAGGCAGGAACAAUUUGUUUGCAAAAUUCAUGUUGAGUUGUGCACAGAUGUGUCAUACUCUGUGUGUUGCUGUUUUGUAAUGGUGCUGCCAUACAGCUAUUGUUGCAGAUUAUUUGCUCCUAUCUUUUGCUUGUGGAUUUAAAACAUUGUUUUUGUAUUAAAUACAGGUUUUUCU